UUGUCUCUAACAUUCCUUAUUAUAAUCCAUGCUUUAUUUGUUUAUUUAUAUAUUUUAAAAUUAGAAUAAAAAAACCAAGCCUACGAAGUGCUAAGCAUAUUUUUCUGCUUAAAAAUGAUGUAUUUUUUAAAAAAAUUUGAGGGUUUUUUGUUUGUCUCUAAUAUUUUGAUAUCAUUUUUUAAAAAGAGCGAAAAUUGGCAAGCAAACAUGUAUUUUAUUACUUGUUAUUGAAUUUUAAUAUGAAUGAAAAGUAAAGUAAUGUGAGUAGAAGACUAUUUAAGGGUAAUGUAUAUUUGUUAAAUGGGGUAAACUCUAUAAAAUUAAGCUAAAAUGAUUAUAAUAAUCAUUACAUUUCAUGUUUGGAUUCACAUUUAUAAAUAUGAUUUCAAUCAUCUAAAAGAUCAAAAUGCUCUUAUUAAAAAAAAUAUAUGUACAUAACAAGAAAAAAAAUUAGAAAAAUAAAUGGCAGUCUAAUAUUAGUUUGGUUAAUAGCUAAUUGAGAUUGAUUAACUAAUCUCAUUUUGGCCAAGUUAAUGGGGGGAGGGAAUGAAAAGGAUUGACCAACCUUAUAUCAUGUUCGUAAUUGGAUUAUGGCCCUUUCUCUUCACUAUUCCUAUAGUAUACAUGUGCUACAUCAAAUAUAGAUUAGAAUAUUUAAUUUAACUUAAUCAACCUAAUCUAAUUAAGCUGCCAAAUACGCAACUUUAACAUAUUUUUAAAAAAUUCUAAAAUUUUAUUUGAGAGCAAAGUCUUCAAAUUUAAAUUUGUAUCACUAUAUUCAAAUUUAACAUAUAUAAUUUAAUUUUAUAUUCCAUCUUACUUGCUCAACACAAAUUUUAAAUUUAAGUAUACAUGACCCAAACAGGAAGUUAGGGGAAGGAGGUCCAAAGAGGGGUAGAUAGUCCACGGUGCAAGGUACAUUACAUUCCCAGUGACAAGCACGUGCAUGCAUUUAGGUAUUUCUUCUCCUUGCAAAUGACACAACAAACUCAUGGAUCCUUUCCAGCUGAUAGGGUCACUAAAGUAGUCACUGGACCAAAAAUCACAAAAUAAAACUUUAAAAGGAAUCUAGAAUAUAAUUUGCUUUAUUACAGCUUUACUAAUCAUGAAUCCAUGGUAAGGAACCAAAAAGCAGUGGGGUCGAUCUCAACGAAGCCCUUGUCCACAUCUUCCCUUACCCUAAACCCCAUCAACCCCAUUUUCAUCUCUCACCCCAAAAGUACCUUAAUAACAAACAAGCAAGCAAGCUCUGAAGAUAAAGUCCAUGGCACUAAACAACACAGCCAUCGGAGGCAUAAACUUCCUGGCCGUGCUGCUCUCGGCUCCAAUCAUCUUCGCUGGCGUGGAGCUCGCCGGCAAACCCGACAACUCCUGCGUCAAGAUCCUGCAAUGGCCGGUCAUAGUGCUGGGCGUCCUCAUACUGCUGGCCGGUCUGGUGGGGUUCGUGGGGGCCUUCUGGCGAGUGCCAUGGCUGCUCAUCGUCUACUUUAUAGCCAUGCUGGUGCUCAUAGUGUUGCUGGCGUGCUUGGUGGCGUUCAUUUACAUGGUUACGUCGAGGGGGUCCGGUCACCCCGUGCCCAGCCGGGUUUAUUUGGAGUAUCAUCUAAAUGACUACUCCGGGUGGCUCCGCAGACGGGUUCGGAGCCAGUUCAAGUGGGAGAGGAUCAAGAACUGCCUCAUUUCUGCGAACUUGUGUGCUGAACUGAACCAGACGUAUCUCAGUGCUAUGGACUUCUUUAAUGCACCCAUUGGCCCCAUACAGUCAGGGUGCUGCAAGCCUCCAACGCUAUGCGGGUAUCAAUUCGUGAACCCAACCACCUGGAUCAGUCCCAUAAACACAAUGGCGGACAUGGAUUGCCUGGCGUGGAGCAACGAGCCCACCAAGCUGUGCUACGACUGUGACUCCUGCAAAGGCGGUUUACUUGAAAAUCUAAAGAAAGAGUGGAGAAGAGCAGGCGUGAUUCUGGUCAUCACCCUUGUUGUUUUGAUCAUUGUGUAUGUGAUGGGGUGCUGUGUCUUCAGAACUGCCAAGACAGACGAGCUCUUCAGCAGAUACAAGCAAGGCUACACCUAAUUGAUUAUUACUCAUAGCACUAAAAUGACCUGCUUCUGCAUAGGGCGAGAUAUUGUAAUUGUCUGUUCAAUUCUUCUCAAAUUUCUUAAAAGGGCUUUCAUUAAUUGAUUAGUGGGUUGUCUGGUUUUAAGACUUUAUGUGAGAAGAAUAUAUGUAAUCUCCCUUUCGUGUUUACAGUUCAUGACAACUAGAGAUCACUGUGGCACAUUAGAAAAGGCUAUUUGUGCUGACUGAAAAAUCAACAAAGGAGCCAAAAAAGUCGUUGGAAUACUUAAUUUGAUAUUUUUAUUGUUUUUCUUU